AUGAAAAGCCUUUGUUGUUAUUUUGCUGUCUCAUUUGGGAUUUCUAUAAUACAGGCUAUUACUUAAGUUGAGGCAAUAUAAAUAAUCAGAUUAGUCUGUUGUAUACUGAAUUUAAUUGCAUUAAAAAUGAAUAAAUAUGUUAGCUAAGGAAUUUUAGUACACAAAGUAAUACUAUUUUUAUGUGGAGUAUUAUCUCAACAAAAUGAAAGUAUUUUAUAAUUUGCUAUGGAUGAUUAUUUCAGUCAAAAGAUUUUAAAUUCUAAGAAUUUCAUGACAUUAUGGAGAUUAUUUAGUAGUUUAGGAGCAAUGCUAUUAGCUUAUCUUAAAUAUCAAUACUAUGAUUAGGUAUAACUUACUCUAACUCUUUUUAUUCCAUUAAUGCAUUUGAUUCCUCAAUUACCCUAAAUUUAUCGAUAAUACUGGUAAGCAAAGUAAGAAGAACAAGGUUAUUCUUUGAGUCCCAAACCAACCACAAGAGAGUAUGCAUAAAUUCGAUCAAAAUUUGAAGAAAUGAAUUUCAUUGAAACAAACUUAGAUUAGAAUAACAAAAUAGAUAUAGACUAAUUAAUUCGUAAAAUAGCAUAUAGUCAAGAUAAAUAAUUUGUCUUAUAAGAGAUUAAUAUAUUUAAUGAAUAAGUUUGGAGAUUGAGAAUGAAUGCUAUGCCAAUUGGUAUUUGUAUAAUUAGCAAUUAAAUUAAGCCAAAAUUCAUGAAUAAUACAUUAAUUAAUUUGAUAAAAAAAAAUUGUAUUGAUGAAAAAGAUGAAAGUCUUGAAUCAAUUUAUGAAUUAUUUAUGAAAAGCUUAUUAUUUAAAAGGAUUGAUUUUGCUGGAUCUUAUGAUUUACCUUAAUCAGCAAUUCUAAAACAUGAAAAAAAUUUAUAAAACAAAAUAUAAUAAAAUGAAUAGUUUUUAUAAGAAGAUCAUUACUGUCUUUUUGAUCUAAUAAAAAAAUUAGAAGAAUAAUAAUUAGAUAGAUAUUUUAAUAAUUAAGAUUAAAUAAUAGAAUUAUUUUCUACAUUUGAAAGUCCAGUUAAUUAAAAAUAAAUAUUUUUUGAUUGUCGUGUUUUAUUUUAAGAUAGAUAGAAUAUUGAUUAUAUGAUAAUUAUUUAGGAUUUCACUAAAUAAAAUGAAUUAUCAAAAUUAGAAGAAUAAAAUAAAUUCAAAACUAAAGUUGUAUAAUCAUUUUCUCAUGAACUCAGAACUCCUCUUAAUAGUGCUACUAUCUUUUUAAGAUCAGCCAUUGGAGAUACAAAUUUGAAUAAAGUUAUUAAAGAAUAAUAUUUAUAACCAUGUUUGUCUGCUUUAAAAUUAUAAAAUCAUUUAAUUAAUGAUAUUAUUGAUUUUAGUUAGAUAAAUGCAAAAUUAUUAGAUUUGAAAUUCAGUUAAUUUGAACUUUCUAAAAUAAUAAAAGAAGUUACUGAAUAAUUUAAAUUUUAAUUCGAAUUUAAAUAAAUUGGACUAGCUUUUGAAAUUACUAAACCUAUAUCUCUAUUAACUUAAAUAAAAACAGAUUACUAAAGAUUAUUAUAAUUAUUAACAAACAUUAUAUAAAAUGCACUUACUUUCUCUGAAAAAGGAUAUGUAUUAGUGACUAUAAACAGUUUUGAAAGAAAUGAAAUAACAUUUUCUAUAAAAGAUGAAGGUAUUGGAUUAACAAAAAAGUAAUUGUAUUCAAUAAGAUAAAUAAUAAAUUAAGAAUAAUAGACAACAAUAAAAACAUAAGAAUGGUAAGGAUUUGGUUUAAUCAUAUGUUAAAUGUUAUUAAGAUACUUAUCACCAAUAAAUAGAAAUAGUAUAUAAAUUGAAUCAAAUGGUUAAGAUUCUGGAACAAUGGUUUCCUUUAUAAUAUCUAAUCAUAUUUCAGCUUAGACUUAAGAGUAGGUUUAUAAUUAAAGUUCUAAAAGAAUGCUUCCAAGAAUGAGAAGUAUGCCUAAUUUGAGAGCAGAAUAUGGAUUAUUAAUUUGUAUCAAAUCAAAAUCUCCUAGUAAAAUAUUGUUAUCAAAAACAAAUGAUCCAGAGGAAUGUGAUUUAUCAAGUUCCUCAAUACGUGAGGUUGGGGAUAAAGUAAGUCGUUAUCAAAUAAAACAUUGUUCAAUUGAAAUUUUGAAUAGAAGAAGUCCUUCAAAUUAGAGUCCAAGGAAAAAAUUAUCUAUUUGUUAAAGAAAUAGAGGAGGAUCUUAUUAAUUAUCUGCUAAUGAGACUGGUUUAAGUAAUUGUUAAUAAGGUUUACCAUGUUGUAAUACUAUUUUAAGUGUUGAUGAUGAAGUAUUUAAUCAAAAAUCAUUACAAUUAUUAUUAAGAUAAUAAGGUUUUAAUGUAGAUAUUGUAAAAAAAUUAUAAUGUUAAGUUAGGUAUUUAAUGGGAGACAAGCUAUUGAAAAAGUCUUACACCCAUUUAAAUGUUGUCCAUCUUGUAUUGGCUAUCGGUUUAUAUUAAUGGAUUGUCAAAUGCCUAUUUUAGAUGGUUGGAUGACUACUAAAAGAUUGAGAGGAAUGAUGUUAAAUGAAUAAAUACCUACCAUCCCAAUUAUUGGAUUGACGGCUUUUACUAGCAAUGAAGAUGUAGAGAAAUGUAAAGAAGCAGGAAUGAUAAACAUUUUACAUAAGCCAUUGGAUAUCUCAAAAUUUCAUUAGAUAUUAGCUGAACUUCAUAUUAUUUGA